CUUGCGUCGCGUAAAUAAACAAAUGCGCAGGCGCCCCCGGCCGGAGCCCAUUGGUCGCUGCCUCGCCGCAGGAGUAGUGGGUGGGACGCAGCCCCUCUGGCUGCUCCGGCUCUGCCCGGUAGGUCGGUCAGCGAGUCGGGUGGUCGGUGUGUCCGGGCGGUGCGCGUUCGCCAUGGCGCGCUGGCUGCAGCUGCUGGCGCUGCUGUGGCUGCUCCCGGGCGCAGCCCCAGCCCAGUCCAGCCCAGCAGCCAGCAAUGAGGCCUGGGUAUCUGCGUCCCCGGAGUUAAUGGGCCCCGCCCGCUACGCCCUGGAGAUGUACAACCACGGUCGGGCUGCCGGGACGCGGGCAGCGCUGGGAUCCGUGCGCGGUCGCGUACGCCGGGCCGGCAGGGGGAUGGUGUUCUCCCUGAAGGCGACCCUGGAGGAGCCACCCUGCAACGACCCCACGGUGUGCCAGCUCCCAGUGGCCAAGAAAACCCUGCUCUGCAGCUUCGAAGUCCUGAAUGAGCUAGGAAAACACGUGCUGCUGAGGCGGAACUGCCGCCCAGUGGAAACCAAGGUUACAGAUGACAGAAGUGAGACUUUGAGUUCUGUCCUUCCACUGUCGAACAAGGCUCCCCUGCCCCAGGACCUUUCUGUGUGGAUGGUUUCCACCUUCAAGGAAUUUGUCACCAAAUAUAACCGGACAUAUGAGACGAAAGAGGAAGCCCAGUGGCGCAUGUCCGUGUUUGCCAGUAAUGUGAUACGAGCGCAGAAGAUCCAGGCCCUGGACCGUGGUACAGCUCAAUAUGGGGUCACCAAAUUCAGUGACCUCACAGAGGAGGAAUUCCGCACCUUCUACCUGAAUCCCCUCCUGAAAGAGGAACCAGGCAGGAAGAUGCGCCUAGCCAAGGCCGUUCUUGACCCCGCCCCACAUGAGUGGGACUGGAGGAAUAAGGGGGCUGUCACCAAAGUCAAGGACCAGGGUAUGUGUGGCUCCUGCUGGGCCUUCUCAGUCACGGGCAACGUGGAGGGCCAGUGGUUCCUGAAACGGGGGGCCUUGCUCUCCCUCUCGGAGCAGGAGCUCUUGGACUGUGACACGGUGGACAAGGCCUGCCUGGGCGGCUUGCCCUCCAACGCCUACUCAGCCAUAAAGACUCUGGGAGGGCUGGAGACAGAGGAUGACUACAGCUACCAUGGCCACUUGCAGACCUGCAGCUUCUCUGCAAAGAAGGCCAGAGUCUACAUCAAUGACUCAGUGGAGCUGACCCAGAAUGAGCUGAGUGAGGCCCCAGCCCUUGCUCCAGGUCUCACCGACUCCUCCCAGCCUCUUCCUGGUGUCAGCCCCCUACUCCUUCUUCCCCGCUGCAGUUCUACCGCCGUGGGAUCUCCCACCCACUGCGGCCCCUCUGCAGCCCUUGGUUCAUUGACCAUGCCGUGCUGCUCGUGGGCUACGGCAACCGCUCUGACACCCCAUUCUGGGCCAUCAAGAACAGCUGGGGCAGUGACUGGGGCGAGGAGGGUUACUACUACCUGCAUCGUGGGUCUGGGGCCUGUGGUGUGAAUACCAUGGCCAGUUCGGCUGUGGUGAACUGAGGAGCACCAGCUCAGGACCUGGUGCUGACCAGAGCAGGCCCUUCCCCAGCCUGCAUGUCCAAGAGGCACAGCUGGCUGAGGGAUAGGCACCGGGUAUCUCAGGGUGAGCAAAGGGCACUGGGCUAGGGGCACAGACUAUUCCUCUGCACCCCACUCCCACCUGGAAGUUCCCCAACUGUGCCUUUGUUGAACUGUGGUAGCCAGGAGGAUCGGGGGGUUAAGGAUGGUGUCUUGUCAGCUGGAGCUAGGGCAAGAACCUUGGAGUUGGGUGAGGAGCAGGGGGGCACCUCUGGCUUUGUGCCCUGGCUUUCCUGUGUCUGAUACUAUAAAUUUUCGGAUUUCCUUGGAUUUGGGGGCAGUGUUCCCUUCUACAUCUAGAGAAACUGUUACAACCAACCUUUCUAACAGCAAUAAAGUGGUGUUCUAGGCCCCAG